AUGCUAUUGAUUGUAUUGCUAUUAGUAGUCAUCGGAGAUGUUGUUAGUAUUUCCAGUCCAAUUACACCGUUCACUGCCUAUAGGUAUUCAACUGAACUCGAGAAAGGUACGGCCGAUCUCUGGUGGACAGUAGAUAAUGGUGCGAAAGAUAUCACUUUCGAGUUGCACAUGAAAACAACAGGAUGGAUAGCUUUAGGCAUUAGUCCAGCUGGUGGGAUGACAGGUGCUGAUAUUGGUGUCGGAUGGGUUGACAGUGCGGGAAAAGUUUAUUUUCAAGAUCGAUAUGCAUCCGAUUUCUUCAAGCCUGCUAUGGAUAAUACAACUGAGAAUUGGCUUGCUCUCCGUGGCCGUGAAUCAAACGGAUGGACUGCCAUUCAAUUCAAACGUCUCCUUGACACAUGUGAUCCCAUGGAUGUUGAAAUUAAAUCAGGAACGAACGUCAUCAUCUAUGCGUAUGGUCUUACUGACCCAUCAGUUGGUGAUAUCAGUUACCAUCAAAAUCGACGAGGCUCGCGCAUGAUUCCACUUCAAUCGUAUGCAAAUCCACCAACCGAAAAUAAAUUUGCCGAUCUGGAUUAUUUCGAAUUUCGUUUGAAUAAUAGCAUUGUUCCAUCCGAUGACACGACCUAUUAUUGUAAAUUAUACAAAGCUCCAACUGGAUAUUCAAGAAAACGUCAUGCCAUUGCUCACAAAACAAUGAUUGAUUCAGAUAAUGUCGAUAUGGUUCAUCAUCUUGUGUUAUAUGAAUGCGAUCGAACAGUUGAAUUCGAUGAUAAUAAUCUUGCCGAAGGCGUAUGUGAUGAUCAUUAUAAGGAACUUUCUCGUUGUUUAGCUAAUACCGGUGUUAUUUGGGCAGUAGGUGGUGACAAGGGAGACGAAUUUGCUACACGAUGUAUGUACAACACCAUGAACAAGAACGAGGUUACACUGGGUGGUGAACGAACAAAAGAUGAAAUGUGCUCUCACAUAUUCACGUAUUAUCCUCGUAUAAACGAUUUAUCUGAAUGUUUUACAAGCAAUCAUCCAGAUGCAUGGCAAGCCGUAAGCAAUCGAGUAUCAACCAAUUUUAAUUACACCGAACUAAUCGAUUGGAUAAAGAACAUUGAAUGGACGCCAGCAUUAGCUAUCCGCUGGCAAAAAUUCUAUAAUAAUGCUUCACGCGUUGUCACUUACAAUGCUGGAAAUAACACGAAAUCUGAAGCUUUGGGUGUUCUACCUAAAUAUAAAGACUUGCCAAUAAAGUCGUGUCAAACGGAAUCUGUGUAA